CUCACCAGGGACAUUCCUCCAGAUCCCCUGAGGUGAGUAAACUGUGCUGAGCUGGCUGGUAUUUUGAAACUGGCUCUCCAUCAAUGGACACUGGUUCUUGUGGGAUCAGAAGAGGCAUUUCAGUGCUACUUUGGAAUAGGAACAGAAUACCUGACUAACAGCUGGAUGUGGGCUUUCAGGUGCUGGUAGACAACGGUGACAGCAUGGCCAAUUCCAUCAUCUCCACCCACAAUCCUGGGAACAUCCUCUCCACUCUGACAUCCACUGAUGAGCAGCAUCCCUUUGAAUUGGCUCGGGAAGCUGCAGAGAAUUGUGGGCGCAUGUGGCAACAGUUUCAUCAAAUAGAGGAGAGAACCGAGAAGAUCAGAAGCCAAUACCAAAUCAUAGACUCUCUGCUAGAAGAAAUCAGUAGUGACUGUGCAAACUUUGAGAAGUCCAAGGAAAUGCUGCUGCAAUGCACUGGAAUCCCAGAGCCAGGAGCAUUUUGUCUGGAACAGAAGAGCACCAAGCAGUGCAAGGAAGCAUCUGCCCAGGCGGAAGAGGCAGAGCACCAGGACAGGAUGGAGGUUGGUUUUGGAAAGGAGACUGGUUUUCCCUUGAAAACUCAUCUUGCUCCUUCUUGUACAGUGGAGGACUUGGCUGCAUUUGAGGGAGAAGAUCCAUCAUUGCAGAGGCAGCUGGAAGUCAAGAGGCAGACAGUGGAGGAAUUACAGCUUCAGAGGGAUCUGCUGGAGCAAGAGAGGGAUGAUGUUAGAACGGAUUCCCUGGAGCAAGAGUCAUCCAGCUGGUCUCUGGAGCAGCUGAGCCAGGAAUCCUCUGACCAAGAGCAUGAAGUUGCCCAGGUGUGGCAAGAGGAGGAGCUGCUGGGCCAGAAGGCUGACCUUGAGGGCCGACUGGCAGCCACUGAGCGGCUCCGACAAGACCUUGCCAGGCAGCUGGCAGAGACCAGUUCAGCAAAGGAGAGCCUGCAAUCCAGGCUGUUUGCUGCUGAGCAGCAGAUAUCACAGCUGGAGAUCACCAGGAAGCAUGUGGAGGCAGAGCUGAAAGAUGAGCUGCAGGACGCUCGCAGAGAAGUCCAGGCAGUGCAGAGGAGGCAUGAGGAAGAGCUACAAGGCCUCAAAGAGGAAAUUAAUCUGCUCCUCGAGCAGAGGGAGGCUCUACAAAAGCAGGUGGAAGAGCUGACAUCUCAGCUGGCAGCCUCCCGAGAGUGUCAGGAAACCACUGUGCAGAGAGCCCAGCAAGAUGGGAGGGAGGCCCAGGAAGAGUCCAGGCAGAAGCUCGUGGAGAUUGAGCACAUCCAGAAGCUGCUGGAAGAGGCAGAACAUCAGAACAAGGAGCUGCAAGAGCAUCUGCAGAACUUGGACACGGAAUGGAGUCAAUGGGAAGAAGUGGCUCAGCAAAAUUCAGAAUUGCAGGCUUCAGUGAAUGCCUUAGAGAAGGAAAAAGCCAGGUAAAUGAAAGCCUGUGGAACUCUGCAUUGUGCUGAAUGGAUUCCCUCUUUGCCAUCUUUCACCUGCCAGGGACUCUGGCAGCAUUUCCUGAAUGACAGAUUCUGAACACUCCAUGAAGUCACAUCUCAUUUUCUGGAUGUUGAGUUUCAUUUUCUUUUCUAUUAAGCCUUCAGACAGAG